AUGGCAUCCUUGCUCCAUUCUCGUAUCCAAAGUGGUGCUGCAGCAGUCAUAGGCCGAGGAGACAGAGCCUACAGUUGGCAAGUGGUCUUUGGGCUGCUGCUGGAGUUUAUGAUUCAGUUGUCCAAGGAGCACAGUGCUAAUCCUCAGGACCUGUCCUGCAUGACCCAUUCCAGGGAGGAAUGGCCUCACAAUGGCUCCUCAGUGACCCAGUUUAUCUUGCUGGGUUUAACACAGCAGCCAGAGCUCUAGCUGCCUCUCUUCCUCCUCUUCUUAGGAACCUACGUGGUCUCUGUGGUGGGGAACCUGGGCAUGAUUGUUCUGAAUCCUCACCUGCACACUCCCAUGUACUACUUCCUCUUCAACCUUUCCUUCACAGAUCUCUGCUACUCCCGAAUGCUGAUGAGCUUUAUAAACCAAAACAUCAUCUCUUAGGCAGAGUGCAUGGCUCAGCUCUUUUUCUUUGCUUUUUUUGCAAUUGAUGAGUGCUGUAUUUUGACAUCAAUGGCAUAUGAUCGAAAUGUGGCCAUCUAUAAGCCCCUGCUUUACAGAGUCACCAUGUCCCAUCAGGUCUGUCUCUUGCUAAUGGUGGGUGUGUAUGCUAUGGGGCUUCUGGGUGCCAUGGCCCACACUGUAUGCAUGAUGAGACUCAGUUUUUGUGACAGAAACACCAUCAAUCACUACAUGUGUGACAUACCUCCUCUCCUGAAGCUCUCCUGCACAAGCACCUCCGUCAAUGAGCUGGUGGUUUUCAUUGUGGUGGGUGUCAAUGUUAUAGGGCCUAGCCUUAUCAUCUUCAUUUCUUACACCUUGAUCCUGUCCAACAUUUCCAGCAUCCGUUCCACAGAGGGCAGGUCCAAAGCAUUCAGCACCUGCAGCUCUCAUAUUAUUGCUCUUUCUCUUUUCUUUGGAGCAUCAGCAUUCAUGUACCUUACACCAUCUCCUACUGGGUCUCUGGAUCAAGAUAAACCCUCCACAGUUUUUUAUACCAUUGUGGAACCCAUGAUGAACCCUUUCAUUCACAGUUUGAGAAACAAAGAUGUCCAUAUUGCACUGAGAAAGACUUUGAAGAAAAGCAUGCUUUCCUAA